CACUCACACUGCCCAGCCCAGCACCCACCAUGGCUGACACCUGCUGCACCAGGACGUAUGUGAUUGCUGCAUCCACCACGUCUGUCUGCUCCAAUGACCUGGGCUGUGUCAGCCGAGUCUCCUCCCCAAUCACCUGCACCAGCUCCUCUAGGCAGGUGGACAACUGCCAGGAGAGCUGCUGUGAGCCCCCCUGCUCUACCCCCAGCUGCUGUGCCCCAGCCCCCUACCUGGCCCUGGUCUGUGCCCCAGUGAGCUGUGAGCUCAGCCCCUGCCAGUCAAGCUGCACCAGCUCCUGCAUACCCUCAUGCUGCCAGCAGUCUAGCUGCCAGCUGGCUUGCUGUACCUCCUCCCCGUGCCGGCAGGCCUGCUGUGUGCCCGUCUGCUGCAAGUCUAUCUGCUGCAAGCCUGUCUGCUGUGUGCCCACCUGCUCUGAGUCUUCCUCUUCAUGCUGCCAGCAGUCCAGCUGCCAGCUGGCUUGCUGUACCUCCUCCCCCUGCCAGCAGGCCUGCUGUGUGCCCGUCUGCUGCAAGCCUGUCUGCUGCAAGCCUGUGUGCUGUGUGCCCAUCUGCUGCAAGCCUGUGUGCUGCAAGCCUGUCUGCUGUGUGCCCACCUGCUCUGACUCUUCCUCUUCAUGCUGCCAGCAGUCCAGCUGCCAGCUGGCUUGCUGCACCUCCUCCCCCUGCCAGCAGGCCUGCUGUGUGCCCGUCUGUUGCAAGCCUGUCUGCUGCAAGCCUGUCUGCUGCAGUGUGCCCAUCUGCUCUGAGUCUUCUUCUUCAUGCUGCCAGCAGUCCAGCUGCCAGCCGGCUUGCUGCAGCACCUCCUGCUGCAGACCUUCCUCCUCUGUGUCCCUCCUCUGCCGCCCUGUGUGCAGGCCUGCCUGCUGUGCCCCCGCCUCCUGCCAGCCCACCUGCUGCUGCCGUCCGGCCUCCUGUGUGUCCCUCCUCUGCCGCCCCGCAUGCUCCUGCCCAGCCUGUUGAGGCCUCUGCUCAGCCCAGGAGUCCAGCUGCUGCCGGGCACUUCCCCCAGGGCCAGCCAGGCUCAGGUCUUGAUCUGGCUUAGGUGGCUGCCCCCACCUGGGGACAGGGUCCCCAUGUCUCCACUGUGCUGAGGUUACCACCCUCCUUGCUCCCAUCCUCACUGCUCCCCAGCUCCUGCCUCCUAGCACUUGCCCACCUGCCUGCUGGGCCCCGUCCUCCCAGCUUCUCUGCCCCGGGUCAUUUGGCCUCAACUUGAGCCUGUCAGCACCUCCUCCUGCUCCCAAUAAAUUCUCCUUGGU